UUAUAUUUUCUACAUUAAUUUCUACAUUUUAUAAAGGGCAGUGAAAUGUAACAAACUAAACAAUGUGAAUAUUUGGUGUGAUGGGUCUGUCUUUAAAAGUGCAUCAGUAGACUCAGGUUCACUUUGUGCAGUUUUUAAGCAAAUUGGCUGGUAAGUUUUUUUUCUAAGAAUCUUGGAGAAUCUGCUGCAGUUCUUCUGGAGACUCGGACUGUUACACUGAAACGUGGACUAUUACAUAAUGUGUUAUCUCCUUUACUGACAUGUUCUUCUGUCAUGAAACAUCUAAGACAAUAUUAAUAUUAAAGGAUUAGGGUGCCUAAGACUCUUGCACAGUACUGUACCUAGCAUGUAUUUUUAAAAAAUCUACCUGAGAAAUGUUCUAUUGUAUUAUAAGAGCUUGUUUUACUUUCUAACGGUUGUCUCCUCUUUCAGAUGCACUUCUAAAAAAAUAUCCUUUACUUGCUUUUAUAGGCUGGACUAGAAUAGAAUAACUUUAUCGCUGUUCAAGUACAAUAAAAAAAAAUUCACUUGCAACUCCAAGUAGGGUAAAAAAAAGUCCUAGAAUAAUCCUACACAAAACUAGCAAUGUGUCUUUUAUCGAGACAGUAGUACAGCAGCUGAUUAGAGGCUUUCACUGACAGUUGAAGGUGCAAUAGUGUAGUACAAUAAAUGAUAAAUAAUACAUAGUCAUUUUAUUAUAAGCAGCAAUCACACAUCUUCAGUCAUAUAACUCGGUCACACACGAUCACUUUCAGUCCUGCUUCUUCACUACUUUAAUAACUAACACACACUUUAUCAUCUGGAUGUGUGUUUGUGUGUUAAUGAAAUAACACACAGUGUGUUUGAUCAGGAAAACAUUACCAUGACCAGUGCAGAAUUAAUAAAUACUAAGAAGAAGAAGAAGAAGAAGAAGAAGAAAAAAAAAAAAAAACUUGGCCGGAAGCAUGUGUAUAUUUUUUGUAUGUUUGUGUGAACCUGGACAGAAGAGGGCGCUGUUGAAGCGUUUUAUCAAUUAAAAGUUCCUUACACACGCUUCUCUUAACUAUAAGUCUGCUUUCCAAGUCCAAAUGUUUCCUCUCAACAUGUCCUGAGAUUUUCCUCUUAUGAUUUUAGGUUUUAUUGAGAAUUAUUUAUUUAUCAAGCAGUGCCCGUAUCCACACAAACACACACACACACACACAACAGCCUAAUGUUAUCUGGUAGGCCUAGGUUAAUGUUAGAUUAAGUCCUAUAGCUACAAGUAGUAUGUGAAAUAGUGUGUAGUGCGCAAAAGUAAGUGCACCCGACGUAGAACAUGCUGUCAUUUACUUAUUUAGUUUAGCAUCAUGAAGUUUCGGGGUGUUUUGGAGAAAGCAUGAACUUUUGGCUCUGCUUUUCUUCAAUUCAUUUAGUUGUUUUUCUACUUUGUUUGUGGGUAAAUUAAAUCCAGAAAACAGAGAUCCUUCAAGACUGCAUGCAAGUCAAUAGUCAGUAUGCUUCUUCUUCCUCUUCUUCUUCUUCUUCUUUCUUAUUGUCCUGCCUGAAGUAGAGACAACAUCCAAAACAAAAAAGCUGCUUAUUUUGUGAUGAUUGACAUCAGAGUCGAUUCAAGAGCAUCCAGGCGCACAAAAGAAGAAAAUUCGUGCACUACAAACGCAAAAAUUGAGAUAACGGAAGGAUAAAAUAGAUAACAGUCCAUAUAACAAUAUUAAUAAUUCUAUAUUACAGAUGCGUGGUACAUGCAAUGCAGGGAUUUCCCUUAGCCAUAGUAUUUCAGACUGUUGGUGAUGAAGAUUCACUCGAAAAUUGCUUGUUAGAUUUCUUUUUUAAAAAAAGUUAGUAUUCAUAAAGAAGCACUUUACUUAAAACUUUGAUACACGUAGAAUAAAACGUCUAAAAGUUCGCUUUUGUGAAAACAACUAGACAACAGUUGCACUACAACAGAUUCCUAACAUAUCAAACCUGUUAACAUACAACAUCCUGACAUAAACCCAGGUUAAUGUCGUCAUAAUUCCAAGUUUUCAGCAGAUUUUCACUAAAAUCUUUGCCAUGAUUAAACUCUUUGGUGAGUUAGUGCUGUGUCUGCCUCACUGCUGUGUAGCGGAGUAGCCCCGCCCCUUUAUGCUAAUCAAACCCACCCAGGCGCGCUGUGAUUGGCCAGGUGGAAACCCAUUUAUAUUCGCUGUGACAGUCGCUCCAUGAAUGGUUGUCUAUUAACUUGUUCAAAAAGUAUCAGGAGUUGUCAAGGCUUGUGGUGUCGGAAGAGGGGAAAACGGAGGAGUUUUGAUUUCUUUAAGACUCAGAAAGAAGUUUUGUGAGCGCGAGAGGACUUUUUACUGGGAGCAAAACAGAAAGAAGAGAGAGAUUUUUUUUUUUUUUUAACUCCGAAAGAGGUUGGAACUUUGUAUUUUUUUGUUUUUGUUUUGUUUUAUUUUUACUUUCGUUUGGUCGGUCGAGGAAGAGUUUUCCCCAAACCGGCGUUUUAAAUGUACAACAUGAUGGAGACCGAGUUGAAACCCAAUCCCGGGGGUAAUAACACCGGCACCGGGAACAGCGGAGGCGGCACACCGGGGCAGAAGAACAGUCCGGAGCGCGUAAAGAGGCCCAUGAACGCGUUCAUGGUGUGGUCCCGCGGUCAGCGGCGGAAAAUGGCGCAAGAGAACCCGAAGAUGCACAACUCGGAGAUCAGUAAGAGGCUGGGCGCGGAGUGGAAGCUGCUGUCCGAGUCUGAGAAGCGGCCGUUCAUCGACGAGGCCAAGCGGCUGCGCGCUCUGCACAUGAAGGAGCACCCGGACUACAAGUACCGACCGCGGCGGAAGACCAAGACGCUCAUGAAGAAGGACAAGUACGCGCUGCCCGGCGGGCUCCUGGCACCGGGCGGCGGCGGCGGCGGAAACCUGGGCGGAAACGGCAUGAGCGCCGGCGUGGGCUCGGGCCUCGGCGGCCUCGGCGUCAACCUCGGGGUCAAUCAGAGGAUGGACGCGUACGCGCACAUGAACGGCUGCUGGAGCAACGGAGGCUACGGCAUGAUGCAGGAACAACUGGGCUACGCGGCGGCGGCGAGUCCCAUGCAGCAGCAGCAGCAGCAGCACCACGUCCACCGCUACGACAUGAGCGCGCUGCAGCCGUACGGCUCCAUGACGAGCGCGCAGACCUACAUGAACGGCUCGCCCACAUACAGCAUGUCGUCUUACCCGCAGCUCAGCUCCAUGGGCUCGGCUGUGAAAUCCGAGGCCAGCUCGAGUCCACCCGCCGUCACGUCCGCGUCGCACGUCAGAGCCGCCGCAGCGCCCGCACCUGCACACGCACCGCCGCCGCCCUCGUGCCAAACCGGGGACCUGCGGGACAUGAUCAGCAUGUAUCUGCCCGGGGCGGAAGUGGCCGAGCAGACGGGCCAGAGCAGACUGCACCUGUCGCAGCACUACCAGAGCGCACCUGUGCACGCCACCACGAUUAACGGCACCAUCCCGUUAUCGCACAUGUAAAUGAACUCCUUCUUUGUUUUUCUUUUUUUUCUAUCACACUGGACUCCUCUAGACUGGACUAUAUUAAUUUUAUUUUAUUAUUAUUAUUUUUUUUGUACAGAAUUUUUUUUUUCUUGGUGAGGGAAACUUGUAAAGGACUCAAGGAAAAAAGAACACAAGCCUUUCUCUUUCUUUCCUUCCUUCUUUCUUUUUCUUUCUUUCUUUCUUUCUUUCUUUCUUUCUUUCUAUUUAAAGAAGAAAUUGUAGGAACACCAAGCAAGCUUUUUUUUUUUUUUUUUUAAUUAAAAUCUAUGAGAUUUUUUUGGAAUUGGAAAAUGGGCAGUGUGUGCGUGGGAUCGGGAGAAAGGGAUAAUAAUCAAUCAAAUGUUUUAUUAUUGCAAUCAACUUUUGUACAGUAUUUAUCAAAGAAACAUAACAAUCAGUUGUAAUGUUUGUAUAAACUACAGUAAAGAAGUUUUUUAUUAAGAAAGAUAAUGACAGAAUUGACACUUAUCAUGCUCCAAACUGUGCAAAAAAAAAAAAAAGAAAAAAAAGAAAAGACGAAGUGGAAGUAAAGAGCAGGUCAAAAUGUUUCAGCUUGAGGGUUAAAUAUUACUAAACCAUUUUAAUUUAGUUUCAGAUGAUAAGCGCGUUAAUUUAUAUCUUUUUGUUUAAUCUCCAAGCCUCCAUUUGUUAGAGCUAUGAAGUUUGUGUUCUUUAUUUUCUCAUGGUUUUGUAAAUUUUCUGUAUAUUUACUGUGAGUUUUUAUUUUUUAAAAAAAUUUCCGUAGUUGUAUUUUAAAGAAUUGUGGCCUGUAGGCAAAUGCCAAACACGCGACAUGUACAUAUCUGAACUAAUAGCGACAUAACAGUUACAAUUUCAGCUGAGUUUUUUUUUCAAUAUGCAGUUUGAAAUGAAUAAAUUUUUGAAAUUUGGAUAUUUGAAA